AUGUAUUACUUAUGGUAUCUCUAUCAGCAGCAGCAGCAGCAGACGCAGCAGCAGCAGCAGCAGCAGCAGCAGCAAGGCAUUCACAUAAAUGUACGCUUGCUGAAGCGGGCUUUGACGGAGGUGUUUGCGUACUAUUCCAAAGCCCCUUUAGCAGCAGUUAAAGCUCGACUUAAUUCUUUAGAAGAUUUGCCAAUGGGACUAACUGUUGUAGCAUUUAAAAGGUUUUGCUUCGACUUGAAGCUGCAGCAGCAGCUGCUCAGCGACGAGGCCCAG